UCGUUCACAGACGAUACCAUCGACGGGCCUGUCUCGGUGGUGUUCCUCGCGGCCAUGUGCAAGAAUGGCGGGGGCCCGCUGCGCUGGCUGGCCGAGUGGAGCCGCGAGCGCCGUGUUGAGCGCCAGCACCGCAUCUACCAUGAGCUCGAGGUGCUCUGCCGCUGCCUGCAGCUGGCUGGCAGCUACGAUCAGCUGAACCUAGGCAGGCUCCGAUUCAUGGAACGGGUAGCCAGGCGGAUACAAAUCCUUACUGAUGCCCAUUCCGUUCCACGGGCGCCCGCCAAUUGGCGGAUGGCUCGAUGUAUCCCGGGCGAGUAUGGGCCAGGAGAUGUGGCGGCGCCAGAGCCACGCAGCGUCGGGGCGAAAUGGGCGAAGGAGGACGCCGAGUUUUGCAACGCCCGAGUCCGCGGCCUCACUGGCGCCGACAGCUUCAAGCCUGACAAGGGGGACGGGAACGGCGACGCGCAAUCGAAGAAGCUUGCGAUGCCGCCCAAGAAGUCUCCCGACGCAGACGC